AUGUGCUGGGCUCUGAAAAACCUGCACGACGAAUCGCGCACACCGUACAUCUGUGAACCGACCUUGCCUCAAUUUCGACUUCCUGAUGACCAGCCGCCCAGGCCACUACAGAAUGAAUACCCAGUAUGGUACUUUCUUACCGGCGGACUAUCACGAGCCGAAAAACUCAUGCAACUGUUGCAGCUCGACAAAGAGCCCGAUCUGAGGAUCGCCAGUGUCAAAGGGUUGGUACAGGUACACGAGCGACAGUGCAGUGCACUUAUGUCGCCCACGAGACAACAGGCAUGGUGGGGCCAAGACUCUUGCGUAGGCAUGGCCUACCGUGUCCAAACCGAAGAAGAAGAGCGCCGGAUACGAUACUUCAAGACUAGCUACGUCUCUGUUAUCCGCUGCAAGAUCACAUUGUCGGCGAAAGGGACAUUCGGACGCCCUACAGAGGUCGAUGGACUGACAUUCGUUUGCUCGGCUGGAGUGAACAAGUUUCGAUACAUGAACUCGUGGCCUAUUCGGGCAGUCCCUGGUUCAAUUGGCUGCGGACGGAGACAGAGCACUCUUCAGUACUUUGCGCCGACCACGAUUUCUAUGACGGCAAGGUCGACAACUGCUACUAUAAGACCCAAGACUUCGUCUGUGCCUGUUAAGAUACCUCGGUGGAUGCUGAACAAUCCUCCCCCAUCUCUAGCAGCACAGAAUCGGCUGGCAGCCGCGAGGGGAUGCGAAAAUAGAGCUAUGAUGGCUACACGCCCCCAUACCAUUCCAACACCUGGAGCGUUACAUGAGCGGAAAACAAAGAUAAUCCCAAAAGCAAAGGCGAGAUCAGUUUCAGGAGAAAGGUCAACAGCAAGAUCAACAGAAGGAGCAUGGUGGAAUCCGCCAUCUGAAUCUGCGAUGAAGAGACUAGCACGUGAAGGCGGGAUGUCUAGUGCCACUGGAUCGGUCGAACAUAUCGAGAAUCUUGAGCAACACAACGCACAUUUGCAAACUGGUUCGGGCAUGCAAGCACAAGAUGGAAGGGCUGGUGACUCUGUAUUGGCAGAUGACUCUACUGAAGUAGCUGCGAGUGCGACGAUUAUAUGGGCCAACGCUCACUUGGCCUCUCCUCCUGGUCCCACGAGUUCAUCCACGGGCACUAGUUCAAACUGGAAAGGUAAAGGGCGCGCUUCUGACGCGCAGAUCUCGGCCAUGGUAGAUGUUACAGUGCAGUAUGCAACCCAUAGCACCGCUGUACAGAUAGGUGCCGACACAAUGCCUACACAAUGGCGGCAGGAAGAACCAAAAAGCGCCUCCAAACUAGCAACAAGUGUCCCAACGACAACACAGGAGCAGACAGCAGCGAAUAGAGCCGCCGUGCGAACACGGACUACGGACGCGGUCUCGAGUUCGCAAGACAUGAUUCGAAGAGAUGGUGCUAUGUGGCGGACUCGUACUGCAAUUGCGAUUGCAAGUGGACGGCCGAUUCAGGCACAUGUCUUUCAGAAGUUGUCGAUUCCAUCGAUGCUUCAUAUUCGACGUCGACGGUCGUUCAACGGACACACGAAUGUCUCUGCAUUCGAUAUGUACGCCGAUGCUUAUUGA